AAGUUGUACCUCUUAAUUCUCGACAUGUUAAUCCAAAAACUGAUGGUUUCAUUUUGUAAGUUACGUAUAUGUAGUUGCUGUUUAUUGAUUUUCUAUUUCCUCGUUCUCAUCACAAGAUUAUUCAUAUGCUUCAGCAUAUGCUCAACAUAAAAUUGUAUUCCUAAUACCUACUAUGUGUGCCUCUAUUUUCUUUUGUCCAAAAUCGGAACCUAUCACUCCUAUUAAUUUACACCCCGCUCGAGGUGUACGAGGGCGUUAACCAUUCUCUCACCUUUCACAAAAUUUCUGCUAGGAAAUUAAAGAGAUGGAAUACCGCAGGAGUUUGUGGUUAUUAACGGGGAUUCUUCUUCUGCUUCGCCAUGCUGCAGCUCAGAACAAGACAGACAUACCAAAACAUGUGAAUUUGAGUCCAAUUUGGGGUUGGAUAAGUGCCGCGGAAUGCUUGCUUAAAUACCAGCAAACUAGUGGAUGCAAAGGGAAACAGGUACUAACGCUAACCGGAGUGAUCAAUGUGGACGUAAGUGAAUUCAAUGACUAUUGCAAGACCAACGGGUGCCGUGGUAGGACCGAGGAUGUGCUUGACUGUAUUCAUUCAGUAAAACGAGACUUCCGGUUUACUAACAAGGCCGGCGUUAUGUUUGUCCGUAACGCCAUCACAGAAGGGUGUACAAACCUUGCAGAUAUAGACACGACCGUUUACCCAAGUAGCAGUGCAACAAAGUUGUACUCAUCCAGCCGGAUUUUAUUUCUAUCAAUGGUGGCGUUCAUGAUUCUCCUCGCGAGCAUGAACAUCUCUGAUCAUGCAUGAUUCAUGCAUCCCCCUACGCCUACUGGAGAUGUUAAUAACAAGAUGACAUCGCUUCAACAAAAUAAAUGCUCAUACUUUAUAUAAUAUCUAUA